GUGUCGCGUUCGACUAGAGACGAUGUUCGUGUAUGGCGGGGGUAGGGGCGACGAGGCUGCUGAAGCCCGGAACAGCCACCCCAGAUGACGUAGUCCGGUACGCGGCUGUUGGCGACAUUGUCAGCAUCAACUUCGUCAUGCGGGAUGAGGACGGCAAGGUGCUGCAGUCGUCGGAGACGGACCUUGGCGAGCCCCUGGCCUUUGAAGUUGGGGCCGGAGACAUGAUGGGCAACCGGCUGUUCCAGGGCUUCGAUGAGGCGGUUCGCGGCAUGGCUGUGGGGCAAACCACCGUUCUGGAGGCCUCAGGUGGCGAGUGGAAGCGGGAACUGUUGUUUGCAGUGCCGCGCGACCACCCGGAGGUGGCGCGCCUGGAGGGCCGCUACAAGAACCAAGGCGGCCUCGCGGCCGGCCUUGUGGUGGAGCUGGCCAACGGCGCCAUGGCCGUCAUCCUCGAGGUGAAUGACGCCGAGGUGAAGCUGGACGCAAACAACAUGCUUGCCGGCAAGACCUUCACCAUCGAGCUGGAGCUGGUGUCCAUCGACGCCCCCGCGGCUGAGGAGGAUGCCGCCGCCGCGGCGACAGCCUGAUAAUGCCUGACGUCCAGAGGGAAAGGGGUUGCCCAGUUGCCCAGUUGGAGACAUCGCAGGAGAUGUGGACUGUGCGGACGCGGGCGUGGGCGUGGGAUGGUGUGCCCUACUCGAGAAUGCGGGUUGGAUACCGGUUGCAUGGGGUACUGCAUUGUGCCAGCUCACGCCGACAGCCCGGAUGAUGAAUUAUAGGCGGUUCCUGGGCCUGCAAGUGGCCACAGCAGCACUCUGUAAAAGUGCCAUCGG